AUCCUCAUUUCUUGGUUUUAACUUCAAAGCGUUCUGCUUCAAUCUCUUUCUCUCUCUACCUAAAAAUUUUCACUUUCUCUCACUAGAUCUCUCUCUCAUGGCGAACUGUUUUGCUCCUCCAGUACAUAUCUCAGGCAUAGGUGGAUCGCAACUCAAUGCACGUGAGCUUUGGUCCACAAAAUCCAAUUCAUUUGGGAAAUCGCCCAAACUGAUAAUUCAAAGGAAAUCGAACCGAGUUGGAACUAAUCGCAAGCUGUGUGUUCGUGCUGAAUACAAUGAUGGCAGCAGAGGUGGUGGCGGUGAUUUUUUUGCUGGUUUUCUUCUAGGUGGUGCUGUGUUUGGUACUUUAGCUUAUGUUUUUGCUCCUCAGAUCAGAAGGUCACUGCUAAAUGAAGAUGAAUAUGGGUUCCGGAAGGCCAAGCGACCAAUAUAUUAUGAUGAAGGCUUGGAGAGAACUCGUCAGACCUUGAAUGAAAAGAUAAGCCAACUCAAUUCAGCCAUUGACAAUGUAUCUUCACGUUUGAGAGGUAACAAUAAGAUGCCUAAGGUGCCAGUUGAAAAUGAUCCUGAAGUGGAAGCUACAAUAUGAGAUUUGUUUCCAUUUGACUCAUUAUGAUCUUUGGGUGUCGAGGGUACUUGGAUAAUAGAUUUUCAAUCUUUGAGGACCACAUAUAUGCUUCGAAUCAGAUAUGUAUGUGGUCUUGAACAUUUUGUUUUAUAUAUGGAUGGAGGUUGUUUGAAGACUUUUAAUUUCUAAAUGUUAAUUUGACAUAAAAGCAUAAAUGAAGACACCGAUUUUUGUUUUUGCA